CAGUUGCACCCGUGGGUCUGGGUGGGUCUGGGGACAUUGGGAUGUCUGGGACAUCGGGACAGCUGGGACAGUUGCACCCCAGGCUGUGGGGACAGCCACAUUUGGGGACAUUGGGGUGUCUGGGACACAGGGACAGCUGGGACAUGGGGACAGUUGCACCCCAGGGUGUGGGGACAGCCACAUUUGGGGACAUCGGGGUGUCUGGGACCUCGGGAUGGCUGGGACAUGGGGACAGUUGCACCCCAGGGUGUGGGGACAGCCACAUUUGGGGACAUCGGGAUGGUUGGGAUACAGGGACAGCUGGGACACGGGGACAGUUGCACCCCAGGCUGUGGGGACAGCCACAUUUGGGGACAUUGGGGUGACUGGUACACAGGGACAGCCACGUUUGGGGACACCAGGACAGCCGUAUUCCGGGAUGCUGUGCGUGGGGACAGCUGGGGACAUCACCUCUCCCUCCUCCCUCUGUCCCCAGGCCUCGCGGUGGCUCUCGGCUCGUCCCCGCUCCCCCCGGCCACCCAGCCCCCCCCCGACGAUGAACGUGCUGGCUCCGGUCCGCAGGGACAGGGUCAUCGCUGACCUCCCCCCGUGUUUUCGGAAGGAGGCCGCCCUGCACGCCCGCCCCGCCUUCCACCCCACGGUGGCCAGCGCUUGCCAAGAGGAGCGGACAGGCACCGCCUCGCGGUGGCUCUCGGCUCGUCCCCGCUCCCCCCGGCCACCCAGCCCCCCCCCGACGAUGAACGUGCUGGCUCCGGUCCGCAGGGACAGGGUCAUCGCUGACCUCCCCCCGUGUUUUCGGAAGGAGGCCGCCCUGCACGCCCGCCCCGCCUUCCACCCCACGGUGGCCAGCGCUUGCCAAGAGGAGCGGACAGGCACCGUGGGGUGGGACACAGCCGGCCAGGAGCGCUUCAAGUGCAUCGCCUCCACUUACUACCGGGGAGCACAAGCCAUUGUGAUUGUCUUCGAUGUCAACGAUGUGGCGUCCCUGGAGCACACGCGGCAGUGGCUGGCUGAUGCCCUGAAGGAGAAUGACCCAUCCAACGUCAUCCUCUUCUUGGUGGGCUCCAAGAAGGACCUGAGCACACCAGCACAGUACAGCCUGAUGGAGAAGGAUGCCCUGAAGGUGGCCCAGGAGAUGCAGGCGGAGUAUUGGGCUGUCUCCUCGCUCACUGGGGAGAACGUGCGGGAUUUCUUCUUCCGCGUGGCGGCACUGACCUUUGAGAGCAGCGUGCUGGCCGAGCUGGAGCGCAGCAGCGCCCGCAAGAUCGGCGACACCGUGCGGAUCAGCAGCAAUGAGAGCGACCUGUACCUGUCGGCGCCACGCAAGAAACCCAAGUGCUGCCAGUGAGGGGGCAGCCCCCGGUGUGUGUCCCCCCCACGCUCACACCUCUGGACCAAAGAGGGGUGGCCCCGGCCGGCCCCGAGGAGCUGCCCCCAGCCCCCCUGGCCCCCCAUUUGCCCGGGCACCCCCAGCUGGGGUGGGCAGGGGUGCCUGUGCGGCUCCCUCAGCUAUGCAAACCCAGGUACCGCUUGCAGGGGGAGAUGCCCCUGGGCUCCCGUUUUUCUUAAUAAAACUUUUUUAAUGCUUUUUAA